CCGAGCCCGCCGAGCCGCGCCGCCCGAGCCCCUCCGAUGCCUCCGACACCGCCGCUCCCGGGCUCCGCCGCGUCUCCGAGCAGCAUGGCACGGAUUAGGUACCUCCGCGCCGCUGUCUCGGGGUUUUAUCUGUGGGAAGCUGCGGUACUGCUCAGCUUGGUAGCCACGAAGGAAACAGACAGUGCAAGAUCUCGUAGCAUGCCAAUGUCGCCCUCUGAUUUCCUGGAUAAGCUAAUGGGUAGGAUGUCAGGCUAUGAUGCGAGGAUCAGACCAAAUUUCAAAGGUCCUCCAGUUAAUGUCACAUGCAACAUAUUUAUAAACAGCUUUGGAUCCAUUGCAGAGACAACCAUGGAUUACCGAGUGAACAUCUUUCUCCGUCAGAACUGGAAUGAUCCACGUCUAGCAUACAGUGAAUAUCCAGAUGACUCUUUAGAUUUAGAUCCAUCCAUGCUGGAUUCAAUUUGGAAACCUGAUUUGUUCUUUGCUAAUGAAAAAGGUGCCAACUUUCAUGAAGUUACAACAGAUAAUAAGUUGUUGCGGAUUUUCAAAAAUGGAAAUGUACUUUAUUCCAUCAGAUUGACUUUAAUACUUUCCUGUCCGAUGGAUCUCAAAAAUUUUCCAAUGGACGUGCAAACAUGUAUAAUGCAGCUGGAAAGCUUUGGAUACACAAUGAAUGAUCUCAUUUUUGAGUGGCAAGAAAAGGGAGCGGUUCAAGUAGCUGAAGGUCUCACUCUGCCACAGUUUCUAUUGAAAGAAGAAAAGGAUUUAUGUUACUGCACCAAGCAUUACAAUACAGGAAAGUUUACGUGUAUUGAAGUCCGGUUUCACCUUGAGAGGCAGAUGGGUUACUAUCUCAUCCAGAUGUACAUCCCGAGCCUCUUGAUCGUGAUUCUCUCCUGGGUGUCCUUUUGGAUCAACAUGGAUGCAGCUCCAGCCAGAGUGGCUUUAGGCAUAACAACUGUACUGACCAUGACAACACAAAGCUCAGGUUCACGAGCAUCUCUUCCAAAGGUGUCAUACGUCAAAGCCAUUGACAUCUGGAUGGCAGUGUGCCUGCUCUUUGUAUUUUCUGCACUUCUGGAGUACGCAGCUGUUAACUUUGUGUCAAGGCAACAUAAAGAGCUUCUGCGGUUCCGGCGCAAGAGGAAGAAGAGCAAGUAUUUUGAGGGAGUUCUUGAUGGAAAUGAAAUCAGUGAAUCAUUACAGCAUAGCAAUGGCUUGAGAUGUGCAGGACGUAUAGACGGGACUUUGCCUCAAGUCUACAGUACAAAUUUAAGGCAGGAUGAUGAUACACGUGAUAGUCAGUUUAGCAUUACAGCAUAUGGAGUGGGCCCAUGUGUGCAAGCAAAAGACGGAAUAACACAAAAGGGGCCAAAUAAUCCUGUUCAAGCUGUACCAAAAAGCCCUGAUGAGAUGAGAAAGGUGUUCAUUGACCGGGCCAAGAAGAUAGACACAAUAUCCAGAGCUUGUUUCCCAUUAGCCUUUCUGAUUUUCAACAUUUUUUACUGGGUAAUCUACAAAAUCAUCAGGCACGAGGACAUUCACCAAUAACAAGAUUUAGGCUUGCUGUACAUAAAGGUCUGGCUGUCACACUCAACAGGAGGUUUUUCCUUAGAAAUGCACAUCAGAAAAGUGAUUGGAAGAGUUGAAAGCAAUGAUGGGGAGAAAGAGGAUCCUGCACGGCCUAAAAUGACCAGCUACACUGGGAUGGAAGAAUGACACCCAGAGAAGAUACAUCUGCUAUUGCAAACUCUCCUUGUCAGACUAAAUAUUUACAACUUUUUCAUUGAAAAUCACUCUAUACUGAAGCUUUACUGCCAAGUAUUUAUACAUACUGUUACAUAGUGGUAUAACUGUACAGUAUUCUUUGAUGGUCCUUAAUAUUUUUUUUUAAUUCUGGUGUAUUUUUAAUUUUAAAAAUGUUUCCAGAAUACUCUAGGUGAAUCCCACAGUGUUACAGAGUAGAUUAGUGUUUGUAAGUUUUAUUUUAAUUUUACAAUAUAAUGACAAAUUAAUGAUUGGAGAAAACAGUUUAAAGGACUUGAUCUAUUCUUAAGGACAGUACUGGUGGUUUUAGAAUUUAACAUACGUAAUGUAUUUAAGUCAUAUAAUUUAUUCAAUGUACCUCAUAUUACUGUUCCCCUGGAAGGUGUAUGUUGAAAUAAUCUCAGACAGCACAAGGUAUACAGCCUAACAGUCUACAUCUUAUAUGUGAAAUAUACUAAAAUUUGUAAAGUAUUGAUUCCUGAAAGGAUUUGUUCCUUUUAAUUACUUACACUUUCAUAAUUGAAGCAUAUUCUUUAAUCUUUUUUAUAUUUUUAAGUGUUUUUUUUCUCAAUUCAUAAAACUCAUACAGCUUGUGAAAUACACAAAUUACAUCAAAAUUUUGUAAUGCUUCAUUUUGAUUCAAUGCAGAGAUCUUGGAUAAAACCUGAAAGCAAAGAGUCAAUUGCUUCACUGAAGCAUUUGGAGGAUGAAUACAGUUAUGUUUAUGCACAUUCAUCUCCUAUAUAUUACAUAAUUACAGGAAGUUUAAUUUAUGAAUGUGUCAAAUUUUCUGACUCAUUCUUUGAAGUUUGUUAAUAUGUCUUAGAUACUGGUUAAGAAGCUCUUCACAACUUUGGAAAACCUUGCAGCUCUUCUAAAACAUAAAAAAAGACCUGGAUGGUCUUUUACAUUUACUGGAUUUCACAUUAAUAAAUAGGAGAACAACUAUUAAAAUGUCUAGAAAAAUCUUCCCUGUCAAGGUUUAAAUAAGCCAUAUUAGUUGCUUCUUUGAAUUGUUACACCAUACAUCAUAUUUAUGGCACCGUGUCUAGGCAAGAGUAUUUACUUCUGUCAAUCCAUUGGCAAAGCAAAAACAUACUAUGAUGUGGAAAUAUAGCAUUUAGAAUUAUUAGAUACUCUAAAUCCAGUAGGUGAGGCUUAUUCUCAUUGCAAAAUAUUUUUAUUUUGAACACAUUUAAAAUCUGUGCUUUGUUGAUGACCAGAAUAUGUGUACAAAAACAGAAUUGGCUGGAGGCAAACAUCUGGUGCACUGCCAAAGGCACCCUGCAUAUGAAGUAACAGAAGCAAUGUAACUCUGUGGUGGGGAUUGUAACAUAGCAACCCUGGGUUUGGUUUGUUAUUCUUUUCCUCCCAGGAUUAGUUAGAGAGAUUCUAUAAUAGCAGCACUUAGAUUUUCUUAAAUUGUGUCAGGAAGAACAUGUAUAACCCACCUUUAUUUCAAAACUAUUAUUCUUUAAUAGUUUUGCUUCAUUUAUAAUCUAAAAUUAAUUCAAUUCACUUUUUUGAUUUUUUUUCUGGUAUUGUGUCUGCUUUUUUUAUCUUUUUUAUUUCUUUAUGUGCAUGUUCCAAAAAAUCUCAUUCACUUUUGAAGGUGUGAGGGGGUAUCACAAAUUUAUGGCUGACAUUCACCUCUCUCAAAGUUAGGGUUAAUUUUAUUGUAUGAAAAAGUUAUGUUAACAUGUUUCUGUUUUCAGCAAAAUCAACUGGUUUUUGUUUAAGGGCUGUUUUCAAAUGCACAAAACAUUUGGCAUGUGAUUCUGUUUUGAUAUGAUGGAAUCAAGGUCUCUCUGGGGCUGAUGGUUUUGUGGACUUUUUUUAAUGGAACCAUAACAUUUACCAAAGUAACAGAAGCCUCGGUAGUCGACUAAUUGUGUGUUUUUCAAAAGGAAAUAAUUACUUUAAAUUGAAGUUUCAUUUAGAUUAUUCCUAAAUUACUUUGUAAAAAGUCACAUGGUAGAGAAAGAGAGAAAUGUCAUUUAAGAUGGUAAGAAACUUCAAGGCACAAAUGUCUGCUAUUCACCACUGACAAGGGGAAUAGUCCAAAACUGCCAGCAGACAUGCCAGCCCUGUGUGCAAAGCUGGAAUCAACAGCCACUGACAUCAGCUAAGAUGAUUGUAAGAGAUGAUUUUUUUUUUUUUUUUGCAACUGUAUAAUGAAGCAGCAGGAAAUGAUGUUGAGAUGCAAGAAUUGAAAGGUACCCUGCAGUAUUUACCAGACUUCACUAUUUAUGUUGCACUCCCAUCAAAGAGGCAGUGGAAAUGCAGGAAAAAAAUCAUCAAGGAAAUAAUGCUUGAGGCAAAUGGUAUCUUGCAGGGUUCCUCCUAUAUAUAAAGAAAGCCCCAUCCAUUAGCAGAAGUAAUAGCUACCUCACUUCACUAUCACUGAAGCUGGCCUCUGCAGAGAACAAGUCCUUGGCAAAGCCACACAGGAAGGCUUCUCAUAAGCACAAUGCCUGUGUGACAGGAUAGCGCAGCUUUGUCCCAAGUCAUCACUCAACACAGACCCUGUACUUCUUAGGUCAUGAUCUCAUGUGAUUUCUGUGGACCAGCCCUAUACUUCAAAAAUUAAAUACUGACACUUAGAAGAACAUUGUAACACAAUGAGAACAGAGGGAGGCACUGUAGGAUCUGGAGGAAUACCCCAGUAACAGAGCUACUGAGGAGCUGACACAGUCACCAUAAAGGGGGAAAAAAGGGGAUUAGGUACCCUUAGUAUUUUUCUCAACUCUACCAUGUCUCCUUAGGUACACUUGCUCAGGUGGAAGCAGUAACUACGAGAGGAAACGGUUUAUAUCAUCUGCUGCAAAAUUUAUAUUGUUUUGCAACAGUAGUUUCUACCUGUGCAGAUUGACUUCCACACCAUCCUUUCGUGAUGGAAAGUGGAACAGGAAGGUACAGGAAGAAAAGUCUGGGCUGUGCACAGCAGAGCAGGGGCCACAGGGAGAGAGAAAGCCCAAAGCAGAGCCCGGAACCUCUUACAUGACUGAAUGGCUGAAUCCAUGUCACCCCUUAUAAGGCAAAAAACUUACCUUGAGAGAGGAGAAGAAAAGCCCCUUAGAGGUGCAGUAGAAAUGCUCAACUAUUACUGUACCAAACUCCAAAUUAAAUUCCAAAACAGUUAAAUGCAUUUUAUUUUUAAAACUAGAUCCAAAUACCAACACAAUAAGCCUGCAUAGUUAGUGGGAUGCCUUUUUUCUAUAACGCUGCAAAACUAUGUGAAGAUGAAAGGGAAUAAGGAACACAAGUAUUUUAUUGCUUAGAAUUCAUCUAUUUUAACAACAAAAUAAAGUAGAUUUUACUUUCAAAGACUUUUUACAGCGAGUAGUAUUAUUUAAACAGGUUAUUAUAAUUCAGGAAGAACAGAGAAUUUACUUAAGAUUUAAUUAUUUUUCAUCUCAAUCAUACAUUAUUUUUCUUUGGAUUCCUUUUCUUAUAGUUCAUUCCAAAAUCUGCUUUAUAAAGAUUCGUUUGUGAUGUGUGAGAGAUUAUUCUGUUUACUCACUAGACAGAAAUAUUUAGGUGAUUAAAUUUGCACUUUACAUUUAAGGAGUGAGGUAUUGCUUCCACUGUGUAUAAUCCCUUACGGAACUGUAGACUGAUAAUGUAGAUAAACACAGAAUAUAAUACAAAAGAUAGAAUGUGUACAAAACCUUAUAUUUUUUAACAGUAGGGAAAGAUAAAAAGUCUUCUUAGAUAAAGAUAAAAAGUCUACUUAGAAAAAGUAAAAGUAUUAUUUUCAGCAAUAAUUUUAUAGUAGAAGGAAAUGAAUCUAUACAAUUCCCAGCCCAAGCUGACAUGACUGGUUGCAAGAUACACUUUUUGUGCAACUUCUGCUCUCUGAGCUAUCACAGAAAUUAAUCUAAUCCAACAGAAUAGAGUUUGGCUUUAAAAUGUGAAACUGCUGAAUGAGCUAGAAAUACAUACAGUACCCCUGUGAGGUAGUAAAAUAACUUUCCACAUCUUACUGCACAAUCAUAUGGUUAUUUAGGUGAGUACAAUACCAGAUUUCACAGCUUUUUUCCUUUUUGAGACAACUAAAAAGAAAAACAUAUAUCUCAAACCAGACUACUUGUUAGUAAUAAAAUGGGUGUUCUGUUUUGGAGUGGUUACAGAAAAGGUGUCUUCAGGCAACAAUAACCUACAGUAAUUACUGAAGUACUAUCAGUUUGGAAGGCUUGUGGAAGCAGGUUAGAUUGCUAGAAGCAGUGGAUUAUUGCCAGAAAAAUGUUGGCUCAUCCUGUCUUCUUGACAUUCUCGAAUAUUACUGCACUUCUUCACUUUCAUCUUUGUGAAAUAUGCAAGAAACAUUUCUUACAUUUGUAUUUUAAUGUACAUCAGAGUGAUAUUAACAGAUGAAAUGGACUAAAGUAGCUACUGAUGUUCCAUGAAUGUGGAAUUGUGAGCUGUAUAAAUGAAAUUGUGCCAUAAGCUUUUGACAUAAAGGUUUAACAUAAUAUAUGGUAUUUUGUGUGUUAGUGAUCCUGGCUUUUUAAAGGCUACAGAGAGAAAAAAAUAAAACUUGAUAUGAUAGUGUAUUAAUAACUUGUCUGUGAGUUUUCAAAAUAUUCUCCUGUGAGUUCUCUCUGACAGCAAUUUCAUCUCAAAGUACUUCCUUUUUUGGCAAAAAAUCUAUAAAUGUGUUGUGCAUGGAUUUGAUUAGAUUCCUUUUUAUUGUAUUACAGUAUCAUAUUGCACUUAAACUGACAUUCUCUGCAGUCAGAAGUGUUAAAAAUGUGAAAUUUAUGGUGUCACCCAUGUCAUUGUAGAUAUUUUGUUCAAAAAAAAUAAACUUAUC